AUGGGCAGAUACCGAGUUUCUAAUCUAGGCAACAACUGCAUAAUGCAGACAUGCCUUGCUAAGAAGAUUGUAGAAAAACCUCACAAAAUAGAUGGUUGCAGCCUGCAGGUGAAACUGUACAUCCCACCAAAACCUCGACCCACAUACAAUGACCGUCUGCUGAUCACUGGACUCAAGAGUACCACUACAAAAGACUGUUUGAUAAACUACCUGGAAGCAAAGACUGGUUGUGAGAUUGACGAAUCUAGCGUUGUUUAUGGGGAGGAAGAAGGAACAGCUCUUAUUCAUUUCAGUGAAAUGCCAGAUGUGGAAAAACUUCAACAGGUGUGUGCAAAACGAUCCCUAGAAGGUUCAAAGCUGACAGUGAACAAGGUUCCCAUUAGUAACAGUAUUAUUGUGAAGGGACUAAAACCGAAGACCAGUGAAGACACCGUUUGGUUUUACUUUGAAGGGAAGCGUUCUGGUAAUGUGGCUGGUGUUGAGGUUGAGAUGGUUCAGAUGAAACCUGAUGAAGGUUAUUCUCUGGUUUACUUCAAAGAUCACACAGUUGUUGAUCAGAUUCUUGAUUACGGUAAAGGUCACAAGCUCGAUGGUGCCGAACUGAAUGUUUCCAUGUACCACGAAUGCCUCGGUGUCGGAGGGGGAGUGUGCGACCCAACCUGGUUUAAAAUGCCAGAUCCAUUGCAAGUUAAAAAUCUUGAUAAACACAAGUUAAAAUUUAUUAGAGAUUCCGAAACAUCAAGGAAAGCCCUUAUAAAACAGUUGAAACAUUGCCAUUCUGAGUUAACCUGGGUGACUGGUGAUGAUUCUGCAGUUGAACUGAAGUGUUCUCUUACAACAGAGGUGCCAGAUGCUCGACGCCUGUCUCGCACCUGGAAAACUGAUGCUGAAACUGCAUUGAAGGAAUUUUUAAGUCUGUUAGAAGUGGAGAAAAUCAAAGUUCUCAAAGACAUUUGGGAUGAAGUUGAAAAAGAAAUAGAUGCUAAGCAUACAGAGGGAGCAAGCAUGUUUCUUUACAAGGAUCAGUCAUCAAUAGUUGUGGUAGGAUAUGCUAAAUUUGGUAAAAAGAUGGCUGAAGAAGUGAAUUCAUUGGUGAAGAAAGUGGAAGAUGACUUUGAAAGGAAAAAACAGACGGUAUCCGAGACUAUCAACAAAGUAAAAUUAAUUCAACUGCGUCUGCUUCUUGCCAGUGGUUUUCCAAAAGAUACGAUAAACAAGUUUCCUGGGUUGAAUGUAAAUAUCAAGAUACAGAAAGUUGAAAUAUCAUUUCAAGGAAUUGUUGGAGAUGUUAAAAAAGCACAAGUUUUAAUGUAUGAGUCACUUCAAAACACCAGCUAUUCCAAAGUACAGAAUUUUUCUCAAGGUCAGUUACAGUUAGCUGAUAAGAAGAGUGUUCGAGAUCACAUUGUGAAGAAAAUGAAAAGUAAGAGCCUGGUAGGGGUUUGGGAGACCACUCCGACAGAGGUGACAAUACUAGCAUUCAGUGACAGUGAUGCUGUUGAAGUGGCACAGAUGAUUAAGAAGUCUGUUAUUCAGAACAUACACCGACUUGUUCCUGAAGCUAUUAUUCUGUUGUCAUCAGAUGGAUGGUCUAAACUUACCACUGAACUAUCAAACAGGUAUGGAGAGAUGAUAAAAAUCAUCCCAGAACCUGACAACAGCCAGGUUGUCAUUAUUGCCACAGAUGACAUCAUUGCUGCUGCAGCAGAGGAUGUCGGUAAUUUUUUUUCAGAAAAUACCAUCUUUGAGCAAACCGUCAAAUUUCCAGCAGGCAUCCAGCGUUUUCUGCAAAAGCAUUGUGAUAACGACAUCAGUAAAAUAGCAUCCAAUCUGAAAAGUAUGCAAGUACAAAUCAGUUACUCUCAUAUGAGUAAGGAAUUUACCAUCAAGGCUACAAAAUAUGGCAUGGACUCAUCGAUAAAAGCUUUGCAAAAUUUAGCCAGUAAGGUGGAUCAGAAAAGGUAUGUACACAAAAAACCUGGCAUUCGUAAACUAUUACUGUCGCAGAAAGGCACUCAGUUCAUCGCCUCCUUGGAGUCCAAUAAUAAGUGCAUUAUUGAAAAAACCUUUGACAGCAGUGAACAAAUGACUGUAGGCAGCCAGCAUGUGAUGGAGAGUACUGCAGCUGCAGUUGAAGGUGUAAAUGUUGUAGCUAAAUGCAGUAUGCCAGGACAACGACAGCUCUGUUUUGUUGCAGGAGAUAUAACUCAGAUGAAAGUUGACGUCAUUGUAAAUGCAGCUAAUGAGAGGCUGGAUCACAUUGGUGGUUUGGCCAAGGCCAUUGUUGACAAAGGUGGCGAUUCUAUUCAGAGGGAAUGCAGCAAAUAUGUUUCCAGGCAUGGACAUGUACAAGUUGGUGAAGUGGCCAUCUCACAGCCAGGCAAUCUACCCUGUCAGUUGAUAGUCCAUGCGGUGGGUCCUGUGUGGUCCGGAGGAAAAAAAGGUGAAGAGGACUCGUUGGGGGACGCUAUUAUUAACAGUCUCCAAGAAACAGCUAAGAAGAACUUUACAUCUAUAGCCAUCCCUGCCCUGAGCUGUGGCAUAUAUAACUAUCCAGUACCUGAAGCCACAAACGAAAUUGUUGAAGCUAUCAAAGAAUAUUUUAAAGACUUCCCAGCCAGCAGUGUGCGUGUGAUUUACCUGACAGACACAAGUAUAAAUACAGUCAACUUUUUCAUAGAAGCAGGAAAGCAGGUGUUUGGAAAUCGCAAUAUGCAAAUGGAAGAUAAAAGCUCUUUGACCUCGUAUGGUGGGACCUUUCGAAGCUCACAUGUAAAGCCAGCUACGGCACCAAAACUGAGCCAGUCACGUCGCAGGUCUAAUGCUGCAGGUAGUUCUACUACAUCAUCUGGUGUAAAUAUUCAGCUUGUUAAAGGCGAGAUAGCUAAAGAACAGGCUGAUAUUAUUGUGAAUAGUACAUCCAACAAUCUGGACUUGAAAAAUGGUGCUGUGUCCAAAUCCAUCUUGACAGCUGCUGGUGACUCCCUGCAGAAGGAGUGUCGACGAAACUACUCAAAGGGAAUACAGCCUGGGGAGAUUGCUGUAACCAGUGGAGGAAACUUGAACUGCAAAAAAGUGUUUCAUACGUGUCUGCCAAACUGGUCAAACGACCCGACUGGUAAACAGUUACUUUCUAACUUGAUUUUUGACUGCAUGAAAGAAGCAUCCAAGACAAAAUGUAGAAGCAUUGCUUUCCCUGCAAUGGGAACAGGAAAUCUGGGCUACCCUCGAGACAUUGUGGCCAAAUGCAUGCACGAUUCUAUUAAUGAAUUUGGAAACCAGAAUCGAAACUCGUCUCUCAGAGAUGUCAAGAUUGUGGUCUAUGAUAAAGAUCAUGCAACAGUAAAGGCAUUUGAAAGUGAGCUAUCAAAGUCUUCUGGGCCAUCAUCUGGAAAAAUAGAUCGCAAAAGCAGAAAAUUUGAUGGGACUUCCAUGGACACAGAAGAUAGCCGUCAGAAUGAAGCUGGCUGGCAUCAGGUAUCUCAGUCUGACCUUUCUGAAGGUUUCAAGAUUGGAUCAGUCUCGUUGUCAGUCAAGCAAGGAGACAUCACGAAGGAGAAAGUUGAUUGCAUUGUAAAUAGUACCAAUGACCGUCUAGAUUUCUCACAAGGUGGUGUAUCCCAAGCAAUAGCAAGAGCAUGUGGACAGAGACUAAAGGAUGAAUGUGUCAAAAAAGUGAAAAAGAUGGCAAAGAAUGGUGUGGUUUCAACUGGUGCAGAAGGCCUUGGAUGUAAUGCUAUUGUGCAUGUAAACAUUUCACAUUUUAAUGACAACUGGGAAAAAAUUAUCUCCAAGUGUUUAUCAGCAGCAGAAGAUGUACCUGAUGUAAAAUCAAUAGCUUUUCCAGCUCUUGGUACAGGUAUGGCUGCCAGUUCAGCUGACAAUGUGGCUGAAUCCUUUGUGACUGCAAUUAAUAAUCAUCAAAAGUCGAAUCCUUCAAUUUGUGAUGUCCGAAUCAUCAUAUUUCAACCUGACAUGCUUCAGUCAUUCACGGACACAAUUCAAAAAGCACUGGGACAAAAGGCUGGCAAACCUGGGUUUUGGCAUACGGUUACAGAUACUGUUAAAGGCUUUAUUGGCUAUGGCUCUAAACAUGAAGAAACCAGCCGACCAUCUGCUUCAGAUGAUAGUUCUGAGGUUCCUCUGUAUUACUUCUCUGAUGACUAUACAAGCAUUGAUGGAUGCAUUCAGGCAGUAGAAAGUUACUGUAGGGAUGAAACCAUCAAGAAAGUAAUUGCAGAUCAAGCUUUGGAACAUUUGAAUCAGUCACAGAUUGAACGUAUACAGAAUAAGACCCUGUAUCAACAAUAUGUGGCUAAGAAAAAACAAAUAUCAAGACAGUCUAGUAAUCAAGCUGAGAGGAAGCUGUGGCAUGGAACCAGUGCUGAUGCUAUAAGUUCUGUUAACACACACGGAUUCAACAGAAGUUACUGUGGAAAGAAUGCAACUGUACAUGGUGAUGGUGUAUACUUUGCAGUUAAUGCAAGUUAUUCUGCACACAAUACCUAUUCAAGACCAGAUGCUCAAGGCCAUAAGCACCUGUACUAUGCUUCUGUUCUCACUGGUGAUUUCACACAAGGACAGCGUGGGAUGAGAGUUCCUCCUGUAAAGAGCACAAACCAGUCUCAGUUGUAUGAUUCUGUUGUUGAUAAUGUUAAUGGACCGGGAAUGUACAUCAUCUUCAAUGACACACAGGCAUACCCAGAUUAUCUUAUUACAUUCACAAUUUGAGAAAUCUGUGGAAACAAAUAUUCCUUAACUUUCCUUUCAGUUCUUUGAUAAAUUAUCUUGCAACUCCCAAGAACUGUAGAAUUAUAAUACUUUUGACUAUUUCAUAAGAUAAACAUCUACAUUCUCCAUUAAUUUUUUACCUAUUACAUAUCUUUGUACAAGUGAUAAAACAGUAAAACCUCCAUUUUGAAUUUUGGGGUCUUUAAUUGGUUUGAAUAUUACACUUUUAGUCCAAAUUUGACAGCUGCAACUAACUGAAAAGUAAUUUAAUCACAAUUGUAUUACGUUACAAUCGUGAUUAAGUUUUGAUAUCACAUAUUGGUAAUGGCCGAUUUGAAGGUAGUAUAAUGUGUGGCUCUUUCAUGCAGUUAUUUUAGCUAGGACAAUCACAUCAUCUAUUAGAAUAAUAUAAUGAAAUUGUGGAGAGGAGUAGGGGUCUGCUUAGCACAUGGUAUGUUUAUACACUUAUUCAAGAUUGAUCAGUCUUUAUUUUGUGGAAAAUAUUAAUAGAACUUUCUGGAUGUGUGAUGGCAUUUUGAACCAACAGUCAUUACUGUUGUUGGAUGUAAGCUAUUUUUACAGAAACAGAGGAUAAUAAACGAGUUACCAGUUAUUAUCAAAUUAUUUCACUCCAGACUAAUGACUUGAUAAUAACUGGUAUAAUUGUUAUUCUUAUUACCCCAGCUAUUUGGCGUUUUUCAAAGUUGUUAUUUAAGAUAUACAUUGGCUAAACGUCCAUGUAAAUAGAAACAACGUAAUUUUAAGCCACUUUACACUGUUCUGGGUACUUCUUUAACUAAUCUGUAUACAUUUUAAUGAUGGUUCAGAGAUAACUUCCAAAAAUCAGUCCUAUAUCUUCUGUAAACAAAAUCUAUAAGGAAUUGCAUUAAACUACCAUUUUAUUACAAGUUUAACACUGAAAACAGAAAGACAUAAACACAAAGGCUUUAAACUACGUGACAUCAUUUUGUGUGCUCUGCCAUAUCGUGAUGACGUCAUAUUUAGUACUGACAAGGUGAUUGGUUUAAUUGUAAGCGUCAAAUUGUCCAAUAGUAGUGUAUGUUAAACCAAUGCAGAAUUCUUGUAAAUAUGUGUACAUGUAUGUGGAUCAUUUCUUACUACCACUAAUUGACAUACAGUCAGUUUUUUAAAAAGGUAAUAUACAUGUCCCCAUUGUAUUCACACACUGCAUGGUUACUGAUUAUAUAUACUGCAUAACCAGAAGUAUACUAAUUUAAUAUCCAGUUGUCACAUGUUUGGAUUUAUUUCUUUGUUUAUUGAUAAUUCAGUUCAGUUAAUACAAUAAAUUGUAGGCCAAGGAUUCAGAUUUAUAUAAAAAAAACUUUGUACAACAUUUAAAUUUUUGUGAGAUAAAUUAAUCAUCUAAAUUUUAAUUAUUUUCCUUGGACUGGAUGUUUUUUGGAAGUCAUUACAUUCAUACACACAAUCUAUUUAUGAUAUAAAUUAUUUGCAUCUGGAUUGUGCUUCAUAAUGUUACAGAUUUAUUUUGUGAUUGAAUUAUAUGAUUAACGUUGCAAUUCUAUGUAUACAUUAUGCAUGCAUUAUUAGUGAUGUAUCAUGUUUGCAAUUCUAUGCAUACAUUAUGCAUGCAUUAUUAGUGAUGUAUCAUGUUUGCAAUUCUAUGCAUACAUUAUGCAUGCAUUAUUAGUGAUGUAUCAUGUUUGCAAUUCUAUGCAUACAUUAUGCAUGCAUUAUUAGUGAUGUAUCAUGUUUGCAAUUCUAUGCAUACAUUAUGCAUGCAUUAUUAGUGUUGUAUCAUGUUUGCAAUUCUAUGUAUACAUUAUGCAUGCAUUAUCAUGUUUUGUUCAUAACAUAAUUAAAGUUUCUCUUUUA